AUGCGAUGCAUGUUCUGUCACUACGGGGGUGUAUUUAUAGAUUCGGAAUGGAGAAUGCGGCAUCAUGUGAGAGAGGGGGAACUGUCUUGUGUGUCUCCUUCUUUCCUUCCUGUGUUCUCGCCGUCCUGCAUCCUUCAUCGUCUUUUCUCCUUCUCUCUCUUCCAGAAUAUCCCUUCUCUCCUCCGUUAUUCGCCUUUGCUCUUGCUCGUUCCUCCUCACCUUCUUCUCUCUUUACCUCUUGUUUCAUUCCUCCCUCUUUCUUCCUUCUCACACGCGUAUCGCUUUCUUCCUCGUCUCAUUUUCGCUCUGUCUGCCUUUUCGCGUUCUCCUUCCUCUCUUCUCCACUUGGCAGUCUCUCUUUCUUUCUCUCUGUCUUUCUCUUUCGUUCUUCUUUCUUUCGUUCCUUCGCCCGCCGACCUCUUCUUUCUGCGUUGCAGUAUGCUGCGUCUUUCUCGCCUCCGUUUGUCCGUUCCAGGACCUGCGCGUCUCUCCUCCUCAGGCAGUGAAACGCGCCUUUCUCGAGUCUCCUGCUUGCAGUCUUGGCGGGACUUGGGGAGACGACGUCUGGCCACAGAAGCCGCGAACGCUUCUUCGAAUGCCGAGUUGUCUCGCCUUGUGCCUCUCGGGCGCGCGUUUUUUCUCCUUCGCUCGCUUCCGUGGAAGGAGGCAGUGACGCUGGAAGCCUCCGCAGAGUCCUUCCUUUCCACGCGACGGCUCUUGCUCCUCGCGCUAAGAAUCCCUCGCCCAGAGAAGGAGGAAAAAAGGACGCAGAGCGCGUACCCCUCGGCGUCUUCCAGGAGAAGAGGAGACAGGGAGGGGAGGGAAACACAGAGAGAGACGCGACACAAGGACAGAAGAGAAGACAGAGAAGAGAAAUAG